AUGGACGUUCCCUUGUUUUUGCUGGUAAAUUUCCGUGCACGUUCUCAUGUAGACAAUGACUGUGUUGAGCAAGUCCUUCUGCAGUCUAAGCCUGCAGGCACGAUUGUGAGCAAGCGUGUCAGCCAUGAUCCGAAUCCAGUAGAGGAUGAUCGGGCCCCAGAGGUAGAGGACACGAUGUCUUCGUCUGCAGUGGAUGAGAGCGUCUCAACAACCCCGCCCAACUCCCCACCUCCUGCUCAUACUUCUGGGACCAGCUUCAUUCCUCCUCCUGGUCCAGUGUUUAACAAGCAACCUCCUCCAGUGUUCAUGCCUCCCAUCUCGAAGCAGGUUGCACCCCUUGUCAAAGGAUUCUCUUUCAAUUUGUCUCACUCAUUGCUUUGUGUAGAUACGACCAUCAUGGAGAUGAACCUUUUGCCGCUUGUCCAGCAGCUUAUCAUAUUCCCACGACCCUUUGUGGGUGUUGGUACAGAAGACAAGAAACAAACGGAAGAGUCGAAACUUGCCAAGAAAGAGCUCCUGCUCAUUAACAUUGAGUACUUGAGGUUGAGAAUGAGACACAAUAUCACCAAGAGUCGGUUAACUUCACCCAUGCAUACUGAAAUUGAGGAGCAGGUCAACAUAUUGAGAGACGUUGGCUGCUUACAUAUAUACUCCUGUGCAAGUGACUACACUGGCCAUCUGGGUACGCAGCCUCACCUCCAGCCCCCUCUUGAUACGCAAGACACACACGAAUACAAUGGUUAUAUGGUUCCACUGAAGACCAUAGCAUCAGUGACAUCCAAUGCUGCAAAUUUCUCCUUGAACCAAAUACAAACAUCUUACAGGCGGACAUUUGCUGGAGAUGGGAACAGAAUGAAGCCUCUCAAUGAAUUGAGUGACAAGGCUAUCAAGGUACUUGCCAAGAAAAGAGCCAAAGCAGAGAUGCAGGAUAUCUGCAUUCGACCUCUAGAGCAAUUUCCAGGGCCCAUGCUAUGA